GCCACACGCAUUCUCACUUACCAGCGGCGUUGCAACGUUCACAUGUCGCCAUCAAAGCCGUCCAAGAAAACAUGAUAAGAAUCACCUCAAAGCUAAAUAUCACCAUAUACACACGAAAUAUUCCAUCAACUUGUAUAUACACACACACAAAAAAAGGAGGAACGGCGCCAAUGAUAGUUACCCGAUUCUCCUAGCUGCUAGCUUUAGCUGCCUGUGGCAGGAAGCAUUCCAUAUCCAACGUACGUACAGGCACGCAGGUGUACACAUCAGUCCAUCCAACCCGUCCAUCUUGGCAGCUAGCUAGUAGUAAUAAUCUGAAGCUAGCUUGGUACAGCAACUAGUGAGAGUAGCUUAGAUUAGGUUAAGCUCUCUCGUAUGAAUCUUCGGUUGUUUAGGCCCACCAACACCAAUCCUUGGAAUGUUUUAGAUUCCCCUCUUCCACUUAGGCCCCCAAAUCACACACCACAGUCCGAUCCACCCGAUAAAGGACAACUACCACCAGCACACACGCAUUCUCACUCACCCUGCUGCCACCUUUCCCCUCCCCCAUUCCAUUCCUAGAGAGAGAAAGCAACGAGCAGGCAGGAGCUCUCUCUCUCUAUGAGUUUGCACAGUUCAUGUAGUAGCUACUACUAGCUAGGCUAUGGCUGAGCUGAGUAGGUAGUGGCAAGCUACUGUAUUGCAGUCUCUCUCACUCUCACUCGCACAAGCACACCUCUGUAUUUUGGCAGAUGAGGAUGUCCAGCCCGAGCCCCAGGUGCUGCUGCUGGACGUCGUGCGCCCCUAUUAAAGCCGCCAGGAGAAGCACGCACUCCCCCUCCACCCGCUCAUGCUCCUCGCUCGCCACCACCGCCGACUCCAGCCGCCGCCGCCGCUCCACCGCAGGCUCGCGCCGGUGAAGAAGCUCGAGCUUGUAACCGUCCAAGCUAUUGCUAUGCUCGGUUCACUCCAUCACUCCUCCUCCUCUGACACCGACAACAACAAUGACAACAAGAACGACAACAGCAGCGGCGUCCUCGCGACAGCGGCCGCGGCGGUGCCGUCCGCGAGGGACCUCGUCCUGGCCUGCGCCGACCUGCUGCAGCGCGGGGACCUCCAGGCGGCGCGCCGCGCCGCCGGGGUCCUGCUUUCCGCGGCGUCCCCACGCGCGGACGCGGCCGACCGGGUCGCCUACCACUUCGCGCGCGCGCUCGCGCUCCGGGCGGAUGCCAAGGCCGCCGCUGCCGGGCGCGGCGUUGUCCAGGGCUUGGUGGCCUCCGCCGCCGCGCGGCCGGCGUCUUCGGGCGCGUACCUCGCGUUCAACCAGAUCGCACCGUUCCUGCGGUUCGCUCAUCUGACGGCGAACCAGGCCAUCCUCGACGCCGUCGAGGGCGCGCGCCGCGUCCACAUCCUCGACCUCGACGCCGCGCACGGCGUGCAGUGGCCGCCACUCCUCCAGGCGAUCGCCGACCGCGCCGACCCGGCCGCGGGCCCGCCCGAGGUCCGCAUCACCGGCGCCGGCGCCGAUCGCGAGACGCUCCUCCGCACCGGCAGCCGCCUCCGUGCCUUCGCCCGCUCCAUCCAGCUCCCCUUCCACUUCACACCGCUCCUCCUCUCCUGCGCCGCCACCCACCAGAUCUCCGGCGCAAGCACCACCACGACCACUCCUAGCGCGGCCACGAGCCUGGAGUUGCACCCUGACGAGACGCUGGCCGUCAACUGCGUCAUGUUCUUGCACAAACUGGGCGGGCAGGACGAGCUCGCCGCCUUCUUGAAAUGGGUGAAGGCCAUGGCCCCCGCCGUGGUGACCAUCGCCGAGAGGGAGCCGAACAGCGGGGGCUUCGACCGCAUUGACGAGCUUCCCCGGCGGGUUGCGGUGGCCAUGGAUCACUACUCGGCCGUGUUCGACGCGCUCGAGGCUACUGUGCCGCCGGGGAGCCGGGAGCGGCUGGCGGUGGAGCAGGAGGUGCUCGGUUGGGAGAUCGAGGCGGCGCUGGGGCCUUCUGGCGGGAGAUGGUGGCGCGGGCUCGAGCGGUGGGGCGCCGCCGCGCGCUCCGCCGGAUUCGCGGCGCAGCCGCUCAGCGCGUUCGCCGUGUCGCAAGCGCGGCUGCUGCUGCGGCUGCACUACCCGUCGGAGGGCUACCUCGUGCAGGAAGCGCGCGGCGCGUGCUUCCUCGGGUGGCAGACGCGGCCGCUGCUGUCCGUGUCGUCGUGGCAGUAGCAGCCCACCACCGCCAUUGGCGCGUCUUCUGCUUGCUGCAUGCAUACAUUCAAUGCAUGCCGCCGGUGGCGACGACGAAGACCGCCUAGGGUUUGCUUGCUCACAGUCACUACCCCAUAUAUAGAGCGUAUAUAUGAGCAUUGCCUUUUGGUGCAAUAAUAUUGGUUGGUUGCAUUGUUACCCUGCUUGAUAAGAUCUCAUGCAUUGUGGUUUUGGAGGAUGAGUUUGUUGGGUUAAUUGCAAGGAGGAAACCCUAACCCUAGCUUGCUUCAUGAUUAAUAGUUGUUAAUCUUUAGCUGCUCCUGCUUGGAUCGAUGGUUGGUUGAUCACUGUUGGUUAAUUGAGGAGUUCAUAUGUAGCUUUGCAUGCAUGGGGAUGGCAUUAGAACAAGUGAAGAGCGUGACUUUUAAACUCGGUGAGGCUAGCUGCUACGGACCCGGAUCCUCUGCACUAAUAUGAAUUAAUGCAGAGGAUCACUUUCUGCAGUAAAAUGAGAGCUACAGUAUUGUACAUUAUCUGAUCACUGGUACUGUAGUAACAAUAAUCCGAUUAGUGCGUGUUUUGGUACUAUAGCAUAAUACUAUAACGGUAGAUCAGAUAUAUCCAUCGUGCAAUCAACGGCCCUGAUGGGAUCUAAUGUAUUUUUAUAGCUAGUAUAUUUCACUGUAGCGCAAUAUUGUAUUAGUACUGUACUGAUAGAUAUGAUACAUUUAUGCUGAAAUCAACAGCUCAAAUCAGGUCUAAUGCCAGUACUAACUGCAGAGGAUCCCCUCAGAUUGGGUCUAAUGCAAGUGAUAACUGCGGAGGAGCUCGAUCUACCUAGUACUAGAACCAACUAUGUUGAUUUCUCCUCUAUUUUUUUCUUCUUUGUUUGUUUCUCUCACUAAUUCAUGUUGGACAUUCUAUAUAUAGUUUCUAGGGAGAUUUUGUCUAUAUGUUGGAGACUAUAUUGCACUAGUAUUUGUUAAUUUUGAUG